AUGAAUGAUUUAUUUUCUAGCUCGUUCAAGAAGUACACGGACCUGAAGCAGCAGGCCCAGAUGGAUGAUAUCGAGGCAGGUAAAGAGACGAUGAACCUCGAUAAGUUCUUCGAGGAUGUCGAAAAUGUCAAAGACGACAUGAAAUGCGUAGAAACUCUUUACAAGAGGCUUCAAGACUCGAACGAGGAAUCCAAAACGGUCCACAAUGCUAAGAAGGUGAAAGAACUCCGAGCUAAGAUGGAUGGAGACGUCGCUCAAGUUCUCAAGAGAGUCAAACUCAUCAAACAAAAGCUCGAGGCGCUUGAAAAGGCGAAUGCUAAUAGCCGUAAUGUCCCUGGUUGUGGACCUGGAUCUUCCACUGAUAGGACCAGGAGCUCUGUCGUUAGCGGACUCGGGAAGAAACUCAAGGAUUUAAUGGAUAGUUUUCAGGGCCUCCGUGCGCGGAUGAACGCUGAGUAUAAAGAAACCGUAGAACGAAGGUAUUUCACCAUAACCGGAGAAAAGGCAGAUGAGCAGACGAUUGAGAACUUGAUUGAUAGCGGAGAAAGCGAGAAUUUUCUCCAGAAAGCAAUACAAGAACAAGGGAGAGGCCAAAUAUUGGACACAAUAUCAGAGAUUCAAGAGAGACACGAUGCGGUAAAAGAGAUAGAGAAGAAUCUUAUAGAGCUUCACCAAGUGUUCUUACACAUGGCAGCUCUGGUGGAAGCACAAGGCCAACAACUAAAUGACAUAGAAAGCCAUGUAUCAAAGGCGAGCUCGUUCGUUAGAAGAGGUACAGAUCAACUCCAAGAUGCGAGAGAGUACCAAAAGAGCUCGAGGAAAUGGACGUUUUACGCCAUCAUUCUCUUCCUCAUCGUCUUCGCUUUGCUUCUCAUACCUGCCUUACCUCAUAUCAUGCUCAUGUUGAAGUGA